AUGGAUCCUAGUAUGUUGGUGGGAUUUUUGAUUCGUGACGAAGAAGAUUGGGUGAACUGGAAGAGUUUCAUCAGGGAAUCGGACUGUAGCAAGAUUAUCAAUAUAUCGGCCAAUGAAUCGUUAAUGUUUCGGAGAACUUCACUAUCAGUUGGAAAUGACGAUGAAGGAGAUGGCGAAUUCAUAGAUGUUGGCCUGGAAGAUGAACUUGAAGAUAAUGAUACUAUGGUUGCGUUAGAUGAUGAUGAUGAUGAUGAUGUGAAUGAGUAUGAACACGAGGACGAAGGAACAGAAGAAAGCAACAAUGAUCGAGCCCCACAGGGUAGCAAAUGUGAUGCCCACAAGCAUGGCGAGGAAGUGGAUGAACUAGACGAAGACCAGUUUGGAGACGCUAAGCGCCAAGUUGAGGUCGAUGAUGAUGCUCCUGUAAUGAUUGAUUCAAUGACUGAAACAGACAAGCGAGUUGACAUGGAUUUGAAUUUUAAUGAUUGUAUAGAUGACAUUGAGGAUCCUAACGAGUACGUUUCAGCUUUGACUUCGCAUCAUGAGAGCACAGUGGUCUCAGAUACCGAAGAUACAGGCUCCAAUGAUGGAAACAGGGACUCAUCAUAUGGCACGCCAGUGUUGGUUUCUGGCGAAUCUCACCACCCCAGUUGUUUCGAAGAUGAUGGACCGCUUGUGAAAAUCAGUAGGAAUCUUAGCUACAGCGGUCCUGACGAGGAGUGGGAGGAGAUGAACUCAGCCACAAUGGCAAAUGAUGAUCUGGGUCAAGCAUUAAAGAGCUCAGAUCUAUAA